AUCGAUAUCAGUCUAGCGCUGUCAAUUAUUUACCUAUAUAUAUAUAUUUUGUCUCCCCACAAAAAAUUAUAAUUAUAAACGCCCAACCAAAAAGUAAAAAACAAGAAAAAACUAAAGAAAAACUAACGCAAAAAAACACAAAGUAAAAGUGUGCGGCAGCAAGCAAUUGCGGUGAUUGAUGUGGUCUGUGUGUGCGUGUGUGUGUGUAGGAGCGAACAGAGGAGGGAGCAAAUGAAGGAGGAGGAGCGCUGCUUGCUGCGGCUCCAUUGACAACCCAACCCAAAAAAGCAGAAGCACAGCGACAAGCAGAAACGAGAGGAGUACACAUACAGUGCAUAGAAGAAGAGCGAGCGCAAAGGGAAAAACGCAGACAACAAAAAAAAAAACGAAGAAAAGUGUGGAAACUGCAUAAUUAAUAUUUAACACAUAUAGUAAUACACAUAACUUAAGAAAUAACAUUGUAUAAGUUAGGCAGCCUCCCCAACCCCCCAACAAACAACAAAAUGGAUACCGAGCGCGGAGCAACAAAUAAUGGACAAGAGACGAAGGUGAUUUAUCACAUCGACGAUGAGAGCACUCCAUAUUUGGUCAAAAUACCCAUAUGCUCGGCUCAGGUGACGCUCAAGGACUUUAAGCUGGUGCUGAACAAACAGAACAACAACUACAAGUAUUUCUUCAAGUCGAUGGACGCGGACUUUGGUGUCGUCAAAGAGGAGAUCGCCGACGAUGCCACCAUAUUGCCUUGCUUCAAUGGACGCGUCGUCUCGUGGCUCGUCUCCGCCGAUGGCACCAAUCAAUCCGACAAUUGCUCCGAGCUGCCGCCAAGUGAAUGCGAAAUGCGUGUGCGCACUCAUCUAAUGCAACAGCAGCAGCAACAACAGCAACAACAACAACAGCAGCAGCAGCAACAGCAUCUACAGCAGCAAUCACAACAGCAAACACAACAGCAAUCAACACAGCAACAGCAGCAACACAAGUUGCCGCUGCAACUGCUGCAAGCGCCGCCACUCACAUAUCAAUCGGCCUCGGUGCUCUCCAGCGAUCUGGAUUCCACCAGCCUGUUUGGCACCGAAUCCGAACUGACCUUGGAUCGCGACAUGACCGACUACAGCAGCGUGCAACGGUUGCAGGUGCGCAAGAAGCCGCAGCGUCGCAAAAAGCGUGCGCCCAGCAUGUCGCGCACAUCCUCGUACAGUUCGAUCACCGACUCGACAAUGUCGCUGAACAUCAUCACGGUGUCGAUCAACAUGGAGGCCGUUAACUUUCUGGGCAUCUCAAUUGUCGGCCAAUCGAAUCGCGGCGGCGAUGGCGGCAUCUAUGUGGGCAGCAUCAUGAAGGGCGGCGCCGUCGCCUUGGAUGGUCGCAUCGAGCCGGGUGACAUGAUAUUGCAGGUGAACGAUGUGAAUUUCGAGAAUAUGACCAAUGACGAGGCGGUGCGUGUGCUGCGCGAAGUCGUCCAGAAGCCGGGACCGAUCAAACUGGUUGUGGCCAAGUGUUGGGAUCCCAAUCCCAAGGGUUAUUUCACCAUACCGCGCACGGAACCGGUGCGUCCCAUUGAUCCCGGCGCUUGGGUGGCGCACACACAAGCGUUGACCUCACAUGACAGUAUUAUGGCCGAUAUACCGGAGCCGAUCAAGGAGCGACUCGAUCAGAACAACAUUGAGGAGAUUGUGAAGGCCAUGACGAAACCGGACAGUGGCCUCGAGAUACGUGAUCGCAUGUGGCUGAAGAUAACCAUACCGAAUGCAUUUAUUGGUGCCGAUGCUGUUAAUUGGGUGCUCGAGAAUGUGGAGGAUGUGCAGGAUCGACGCGAGGCCAGACGCAUUGUGUCGGCGAUGUUGCGCAACAAUUUCAUCAAGCAUACCGUGAACAAAUUGACAUUCUCCGAGCAAUGCUAUUAUGUGGUGAACGAGGAGCGUAAUCCAAAUAUGCGAUUGGCCGGCAUGCACAAUAAUCCCCAUGGCAUGGUCGGUGGACCGCAUGGCGGUGGGGCAUUGAGUCAUGCGGACACCGAGAGCAUCACCAGCGACAUUGGUCCGUUGCCAAAUCCGCCAAUCUAUAUGCCAUACUCGGCCACAUAUAAUCCAAGUCACGGCUAUCAGCCGAUACAAUAUGGCAUCGCCGAGCGUCACAUUUCGUCCGGUUCGAGCAGCUCGGAUGUGCUCACCAGCAAGGAUAUCUCGGCGUCGCAGAGUGACAUCACCUCGGUCAUUCAUCAGACCAAUCAGCUAACGAUCGCUGCGCAUGGCUCCAAUAAAUCAUCGGGUUCAUCGAAUCGCGGUGGCGGCGGCGGUGGCGGAGGAGGCGGUGGUGGUGGAGGUGGCAAUACCAACGAUCAGGAUGUAUCCGUAUUUAAUUACGUAUUGUAGAAAUCUUUUGCAAUGAAAUUGUGUGUUUAUUAUUAAUUAAUAUAAUUAUUCUUUUUAUACAUAUACGAGUAUACAAGCGAAACAGAAACAGAAAACAGAAAA